AUGCCGCGUCCCGCAAGGCGCCCCUCGGCGGGGCCGCCCCGUGCCCGCCCCUGCCCGGCCCGCCGUGGUUCCGCCUCGGCCGUGCUCUCUCCGUACCGGCUGUGGCGCCGCUGGAAGAGCCGCUUGCUCUGGUGCUGGCGGAGCAUCGCGGUCUUUUGGCUCGGCCUGGCGCGGGCUCUGGCCCAGCCCCGGCCGAGGCCCCGGCCCCGAACGAAGCCCCUGCCGCGGUUCCGCCCGCAGCCGCUCCGCUGCCGCCCGGCUCCCGCCCCGUGGCCGAGAGCGUGGCCGGCAGCUUCCCCGCUCCGAGCUCCGCCGCUCGCCAGCUCGGCCGCCGGCCCCGAGCCGCCGCAGCCCGGGGCGGCUCGGCAAGCAGCAGCGCGCCGGGCGGGCAGGUGCCCCGGGCAGAAGAGCGGCAGCGCGGUGCCGCCCGCACGGGUGGAGAAGCCUCCCCUGGAGCAGCUCUACCGGCAGGGCCCGCUGCUGGGCAGCGGCGGCUGCGGCAGCGUUUACUCCGGGACCCGGCUCGCCGACGGCGCCCCGGUGGCCAUCAAGCGAGUGUCCCGGGAGCGCAUCUCGGAGUGGGCGCGGCUGCGCAACGGCGCCCUUGUGCCCCUGGAGCUGGCGCUGCUGUGGAUGGUGUCGCGGCCUGGCUUCCGCGGCGUCGUGCGGCUCCUGGACUGGUUCGAGGUGCCCGAGGGCUUCGCGCUGGUCAUGGAGCGUCCGCAGCGCUGUCAGGACCUCUGGUACUUCCUGCACCAGCGGCGGUUCCUGACGGAGCCCGUGGCGCGGGGGCUGUUCCGCCAGGUGCUGGAGGCCGUGCGGCACUGCAGCAGCCGCGGCGUCCUGCACCGCGACAUCAAGGCCGAGAACGUCCUCGUCGACCUGGCCACGGGCGAGGCGAAGCUCAUCGACUUCGGCUGCGGCGCGAUCCUCCAGGACACGAUCUACACCCGGAUGUCAGGAACGCCGGAGUACAGCCCACCGGAGUGGAUCCUCUUUGGCUGCUACCAUGGCCAGCCAGCCACUAUCUGGUCCCUGGGCAUCCUGCUCUAUGAGCUGGUCUGCGGGCACCUUCCUUUCCGCACCAAGGAGGACAUCGUCCGGGGCCAGCUCGUCUUCCCACCCCGGGUGUCUCAAGAGUGCCAGCACCUCAUCAGGUGGUGUUUAUCCAUGGACCCCACACACAGGCCAUGCUUGGAGGACCUUUUUGAGCAUUCUUGGCUGCAGGAGCCCUGCCUAGCCCAGGAGACAGCAGAGAUGCAUCCCUGA